AAAAUUACAAAUUAUUCGUAGGGUUUUGUUUUGUGAUGGGUCUUUUGAUUGUGAAUUUCGCAGUUUGUAUUUAUUAAUUAAAAAUAAGUUAAAUAGAAUAGUAAUAAAAGUUCGAGUAAAAACCAAAAGCUGAUAAUUUUUUCAAUCAUAUUUCUGUUUUGACAAAUACUAAUAAUUUUUUUAAGGUUUUCUGAUUUUGUUUUUAUUAUGCUGUCAUCUUGAAAAAUUUAAUCAUGGGCAAUUUGACAUCCAUUGCUCCAUCUCAAAUUUAUCCUGUGGAGUACUAUCUAACAGAACUCCCUGAUUGUACUUUUGAUUCAAACUUGGGAAGUACUCGUUUUCUCAAAGUUGCUAGAGCAAAACAUAGAGAAGGUUUGGUAGUAGUGAAGGUGUUUGCUGUAAGAGACCCAUCCUAUCCUUUAAAACCAUAUAAAGUUCAAUUAGAAGAAAUGAAGUUGUUACUAAAAAAUGUUCCCAACACAGUUGCAUUCCAAAGACUUCUGUUAUCAGAGAGGGCUGGAAUUCUAGUUAGGCAAUAUGUUAAGGACAAUUUAUAUGAUAGAAUAAGUACUCGUCCUUUCCUUAAUAGCAUUGAAAAGCGCUGGUUAGCUUUUCAACUUCUACAAUGUUUGAGUCAAUGUCAUGAACUUGGGGUAUAUCAUGGUGAUAUUAAACUUGAAAAUAUAAUGAUCACCAGCUGGAACUGGGUUCUACUUACAGAUUUUGCUAGUUAUAAGCCUACACAUUUAUUUGUGGACAACCCAGCAGAGUAUUCAUACUUUUUUGACACUUCACGGAGAAGAACUUGCUAUAUUGCACCUGAAAGAUUCAACAAAGUUAUGAGUGCUGAAAGAGAGAAAUCUGCUGGUACAACAACCAUUUCUUCUUCAUCCAGUGGCUCAAUUGCUCCAUCUUCUCCUUCUUUAAUAAUUCAUUCUGAUGAGAUUAAAACUGGAGAUUUAACUUAUGCUAUGGACAUAUUUUCACUUGGGUGUUCUUUAGCUGAAUUGUUCACUGAAGGUACUUGCCCAUUUGAUUUCUCACAGUUGUUGAAAUUUAUAACUGGAGUUUUUAAUCCUCAUGAAACUAUACAGAAAAUAGAGGAUUCUAAUAUGAAGAAACUCAUUCAGAGUAUGAUGCAGAAAGAUCCAACUGCACGUUUGACUGCUCGAGAAUAUUUAGAACUGCAACAUGAUAAAGCAUUUCCUGAAUACUUCUACACUUAUUUGUAUGAUUACAUGAAAAAAUAUGUAUCAAUUCCUGCUAUGUCACCUGAUGAAAAAAUUUAUAUAUUGAAAAAAGAUAUAAACCAGAUAAUUGAGGUUAUUACUUCUUACGAAAAAUCCAUUAGUGUGAAUGAAUGUUCCAAUAAUAAAGAAAAUGUUGUUAGUGAAGGAUUGGUUUUAAUAGUUCCUUUAUUAACAUCUUUGCUAAGAUCUGUGAAACACUGCUCAGCUAAACUGAAUGCAUUAGAUGUGCUUAGAACCAUGGCAAACUACCUGAGCCCUGAAAUAAUUUUGGAUCGCUUACUUCCAUACUUGGUCUUCUUAGCCAAAGACAAAUAUCCUAAAGUCCGUGUUGCAGUAAUUCAAACUCUUACAGAAUGUCUAGGUCUAAUUAAAAGUAUUUCUCGAAGUGACAGCAAUAUAUUUCCAGAAUACAUUCUCCCUAACUUGUCCCAUAUUGCUCAUGAUGAAGCUGUAAUUGUACGAAUGGCUUAUGCUGAAAAUAUUGCUUCUCUUGCUGACAUAGCUAUGAGAUUUUUGGAAAUGACAUAUUCCGAUAUGGAACCAGAUCCUGAUAGUGAUGCUUUGUUAGAUGAAAAGGAAAGAAAUUUGUAUAACAAGGUUUCAUAUGAACAUGAACUGCAAGCAUUACAGGAACUUGUACAACAGAGUGUUACUACAUUAUUAAGUGAUCCAGAAAAUGCUGUGAAACAAACACUACUUGAAAGAGGCAUACGGCGAUUGUGUGUAUUUUUUGGUCGUGAAAAAGGCAAUGAUGUUUUGCUUUCACAUAUGAUUACUUAUUUAAAUGAUAAGGAAGACAGGCAUUUAAGAAGGGCCUUUUUUGAUGCAAUAGUAGGUGUAGCUUCAUAUGUUGGUUGGCAGUGCUGUCCCAUUUUAGAGCCAUUAUUGCAACAGGGUCUUACAGAUUGUGAAGAGUUUGUUAUAUGCAAAGCUCUUGCUGCUUUGUCAGAUUUAGCUAAAGAAAAUUUAUUGCAAAAACAGACAUUGAAUAAGAUUCUGGCUGAAGCAGUUCCUUUAUUGAUACAUCCUGAUUUAUGGAUUAGGCAUUCUGCUGUUGGCUUUAUAUCUGUUGUUGCUAGGUCAUCAAAUGUUGCAGAUGUUCAAUGUAAACUGAUACCUCUUCUUUUACCAUAUUUGAACAAUUCAGGGAACCGAAAAAAUCUAAUUCAAGUGGAGAGUGAGCUGGCAUUAUUGUAUGCCCUUAAAAGUCCCCUUCCUAGAUGCAUUUAUGAUUACUUGGUUAAACUUCCAAGCUUGAGAAGCCUCUUUGAUUGUUUAAGUGAUAGGAAAAUUUCACGAUCUAUUACCAGGGUUGGACACCCACCUUCAUAUCGUGAAAUGGAGCCUAGUCUUUUAACGGUUUAUAAUAGAUUGCAAUCCGAUGGUAUGACUGAGGAAGUUGAAGAACAAAUAUUGUUAUUGAAAGAUCAUUUACAGAAAGUUCAAAUAAAAAAAUGCAGUGAAAUGUCAGCAUCGGCAUCAGAAAAAGAUACUGGAGAAAUUGACUUAAAUAUGUUGCCAAAUCCUCCUCUAGUUCAUUAUGUUUCUCUUAUCAAUUCUGGUAAUCAAUAUGAAAGACCAUUUCAAACCAUCCAAAGCAAAAAAGCAUCAAAAAAGAAAUCUGGUGUAGAAUCACCAGUCAUGAAUGAAGAAUGGCAGCAUAUGUUUGCAACAAGUGAUCCAAAAGGUCCACCAUCGCCAAAGCUUUCCCAUCAGAAUUCUGAUAAUUCUUUGAACUCUAGUUCCAAAGUACUUAUCAGUGGGAAAAGUACAGAUGAGAGCUUAGAAAUCAUAGCUGUGGAUGGUAAAAUUUCCCCUCUUCAACUCUCUGUUAUUGAAGACAUAAAACCUAAUCAUUGUGCCCCUUGCAAUGAAGAACUGCAUGCUUUAAUUCAUAAGAAACAAGAAGAAUGGGUAAAUGAUGAGAUUGCUAGAAUUGCAAGUGAAAUACAAUUAAAAGAAGAUAAACCUAUUAGUAAAAAGAACAUCAAAAUUCCUUCUGGUCAUCUCAUCGCUCAUCUUCAUGAACAUAAAGGAGCUGUAAACAAGAUUCAGGUGAUACCUACAACUGCUUUAUUUGCAACAUGCUCAAAUGAUGGAACUGUUAAAAUAUGGGAUUGUGAGAAAAUGGAAGGCAAAAAUGUUGCCAAUCGUUCUAGGUUAUCUUACAAUAGAUUAGAGGGACCAGUUUCUUGCAUGACUGUAUGCCAAAAUAUGCAAUCAAUUGCAGCUGCUUCAGAUACUGGAAACAUCCAUGUAUUUAGGAUAAUGUAUGACAAUAUAAAAUCUACCCUUAUGCAUACUAGAAACCUUGAUCCAGUUGAAGAAGUAUCGGUUGUAGAUAUAGAUUACUUUGACACAGGUAGCCAAUCUGUUCUGGCAUAUGCUACCGUUACUGGAUCCAUUGUUGGUUGGGAUUUGCGUUCACCUGGAACAGCUUGGAAACUGGAAAAUGAUGCACAAAAAGGACUUAUCACAUCCUUUUGCACUGAUCCCCACCACUGCUGGCUAGUCGUUGGUACUGCUAGAGGUAACAUGAUUUGCUGGGAUUUGCGAUUUCAGCUCCCCAUUACAACAAUAACUCACCCAACAAAUGCUCGCAUUCGUAGUAUGCUAGUUCAUCCGAAGAAACAUUCGUCCGUUUUUACAUCAGUCCAAGGUAAUAAUGAAGUAUCUCUGUGGGAUUUGGAAACUCAAGGUAGACAGACGACUCUGUGGUCAGAAAAAGACAUCCCUCCAUUAUCUCAAACUCAGAAAUCAAAACAUUCCGUUUACUCUAUGUGCUGGUCAUAUCCAGAACAAGCUUCAUCUCUUCUGACAGCAGGUUCUGAUAUGCGAAUCCGACACUGGGAUUUGGAAAAACCUUCUAAUUCACACAUUAUUGUAGGAUCAGCUUAUGAAGCUCAAACUCCUGCUACAAAUACUGCGUACAAUCGUCGAUUAAUAGAUGGCACUGUAGUCAUCUGUGAACAAGGACCAAAAGAUGAGAAAGCAUCAUCCUCAUCAGAAGAUCAACCUCGACGAUAUCCAGAAACACCACCUGUUGGUCAUUAUGAUAUAAUUAGUGCCAUUUCUACUAUUCAAACUACACAACCAUUAAUUAUAUCAGGAUCUAAGGAUGGUGUUGUAAAAGUUUGGAAGUAGCAAGAAUGUAUGGGCACUCUAUUAUUUAUUGUGAUUCAUUUGUACACAUGUAAAUCACAAUUUAAAUUAUAAAGCUUGCAUCAAAUUAAUCUGUAAAAAAUGUUCUCCAAAUGCCUGUAAACUACAUGGAGGAAAUUAAUUUAAUGAAGACUGUGAUAUUUUGUGUGAGGAAUAUUGUGCAUUUUUUUUUUUUAAUUGAGAAACAUCUUAAUUCGAUUCAAACUUAAUUUUACAUAAUAUUGAUGUAAUUUACUUUAAUUAACUAUUAAAGAAUGUAAUCAAAAAUGCAUACUAUUUUGUAAAAUUAUAAAUGUUUCAAUAUGUACAUGUGUGAAGUGAUUAAUAAA